AUGAGAGAGUGGUUCACAGCUAGCUGGACCUCGGCAGCUUGGGCCAAGGGCGUAUCGCAGGUGGGAGCAACAUGGAACUCCGUCCACGAUGUGCCCAAAGGACUCAUCAAACUUCGACUUGGAGGAUCGCGGGACUCGAACAUGGAGAGCGAUCUGCUUGUGUCCUACAUGGAAGUCCUGCAGCCCCUCCAGUGCCACUUCGACGGUGCGAGCGUCCUGGCCGGCUUCGCCCUAGCUCUGGAACCGUGGGAGGGGAAUCCAGCUGGCUGGCCGCCUGGUGGGCGGGGCCUCCGGUGCCAUGCAGCUCCUGGGCUGCCAGCGCGCCGAUGGUGA